CAACGUACAUGUUCGUGUUCUGGCGCACGUUCCUGUAACUACACAUUCUGUGCCAUUAAUUUGUAUCAUUCAUUUCUAGUGUUUGGUUUAAGGUGCUUAGAAGGUCAUUUCGGCAAUAAGGCAUAUGUGUGAUAUAUGAUCCUUUUAUUAACUGACUGUUGCCUUGUGUCCGGGUCGAAUGUAAAAUAAACAACAAUUUAAAACUAGGGCAACAGCAUCCUGUUCACAGUGAUAAAACUUAGGCCAUAAUACGCUUACUCAUUGAGCAACUGGAGUUAAAGAAGAAGAGAUUACGGUUUCGCCAAUUCUCAUUUUGCGUUCCUGUCUGUUACAUGCAUAUGUACCAUUGGAUCAAGUGUGCAGUUAUGUCUUGGGGUUGCUAUUUUCUAGUGGUCCUAUUAAUUGCUGGUUGUGAUUCUACAUGUACUCCACAAGAAGAAGGAAUAGAGGAACGGGUCCGGGGUCUGGAGGCUUUCAGAAACGUUAUCUUUACCUGGUUGGAAAGGCUGCAAAAUGAUAUUCUGUUGGUUAACGCUACUGCAAAAUGUGGUGUGCCGACUGUCGCAUUUUCGGCACAGCUUACCACUUCUCCUCAAGUUAAAAGAAACGACGAUCUAGUGUUUGCUGGCGUCAUCACCAACAUUGGAAACGCGUACGACCCAACAUCCGGGCGUUUCACCUGUCCUGUUUCUGGCACUUACUUUUUUACGGCAACCAUUCUGACGUCACACAACGGCGGAAGAGUCGAGGUUACGUUACGCAGCAGCAAGAAAGCAGGGAAGAAUCUGAUGCUUCUGCUUGCCAAGAGUCACGGAGAUCACAACAGCGGGUCCAACUCCGUCAUCGUUCAGUGUGAAAAAUGGGAGGAGAUAAAUCUUCGGGUUAAUCAUGUUCGUGACCCGAACCCAACUUUGUGGAACUAUUGGUCGACCUUCUCCGGAUAUCUGAUAGCUUCAUAAAAAACUACACCUGAUGUGACGCACACUAAAAAUUGAUAUUGGCUUAUAAUGUACCAGCCACCCUAUUUUAAUGGCUACCUAAAGGGUUUAUGAUGGCAAAUAAAUACUAGUGCAUCUUGGAUCAGUAAUUAGUUUUUGAAAACUAUUUUCAAACUGAAUCAAGAUCUUAGCGAAUGCAAAUUUCGUUCAAGAUAUUUUAAAGCAAAAAGUACGUUAUCAGAUUUCUAUUCCCCACAAUUUCAUUCAUCUUAAUUGCAAUCAAUAACCAAAUGUUGCACCAGGUGCCCUAAUUAACAGGAUCACAUGACGUGAAUGUACGCUCAAUAAAACAACUUGCAAAAUUC